AUGCCUCAACUCAAUCCAGCCCCUUGAUUUCUGAUCUUAGUCUUCUCAUGAUUAGUAUUCUUGACAAUUCUUCCCCCCAAAAUCCUCAACCACACUUUCCCUAAUGAGCCUACCCCUAACAGCUCAAAAAAACCUCUAACUAACCCCUGAAACUGACCAUGACUUUAA